CACACGGUACACCCUGCCGCUCAGCUUUUUGAGWGUUUAGAAACAAGACAACCAGUCAGAAUGCUUUUGGUUGCCGUCUUUGUUCUGCUUGCUGCUUCUGCUGCGGCCGAUCUCAGGCCACACUACUCGUUCUCCUCACCCAUUGGGUCGGGAGGUGGGAGCUCCUAYGUGAUCACCGGAGAGGGAAGGAUCACCGCUGUGAGAGUUUGGGAAUAUUAUUCCAAUUACAUCCGAGCCAUCCAGUUCCGGUACGGAUACCUCUGGUCUCCGAUUGUUGGCUACACAUACGGGGACGCCCAGGAACUUGAGCUGUACGACGGAGAAGCCAUCAUCCAGAUUUCUGGAAAGUAUUCCUCCUACCUGCAGUCCAUCGUCUUCACAACCAGCCGGGGCCGCUUCCUGUCUGUGGGUCAGCCAUCUGGCACUUCCUUCAACAUGUACCCGGAUCACCCCGAGGCAGAGCUGAUCUUCAUCAGCGGCCAUGUGAAYGGAGGYCUCACCUCCUUGGGGUCCCACUGGGCGAUCGUUGAUCCGACCUUGAGCCCAACCAACAGCUCCUACGGACAUUAAGGCCUGAGGAAACGACAGAUGUUGGGAUCUGAAAUCUGAUUCACAGCUUUUUUUACUGCACUGGUUUAAUUGCAAUGUGGUGAUUAAGACWCUUGAAGGAUUUCUUUUGAUUAAUCAAUAAUAAAAAMAAUGCAUCCUUCAAGUGRUCGUCAUCAGAAAUUUAAUUAAAGAUCAAAUCUGCUGGGUUUUUGUUCUUGCACUUA